AUGUUUAACUCUAAACAUGAGAAUGAAAUGCUACGGAAGGCAUAUAGACAUUUGACACUUUACCCUCCUGCUCAAUCAUCAACCGCUACAUCUACAUCUCCCAUGGCCACGCCAGCACCAUCAUCUCCUUCACCAACCAACCCAUAUCCAUACUUGAAGUAUAAACCAUGUGUUUCCUUCAAUACUGUCCCAAUAACAUCAAGCAAUCUAGAAAUAGACAAAGAAUAUGAAUCUGAUUUCCCCGGAGUCCAACUAUAUUCAACCGAUUAUACAAUGGAUGAAUUUUACGACAAUGAAUCCGGAUACAUAUCAGAUAAUUCAGAUUUCCAUCAACAUGACAAAUACAUAACCUCAAGUAGUUUCUCCAAUUUACGCAAUAGAUCUCCUCCUCCACGUAGCUCCAAGGGUAACACUGUAGCUUUGGGGAAAUUGUUUAAGAUUGCUGAGAAUGGCAAAAUUGUAAGAGAAGAUUAUCCAAGUAGACCCACUGUUUCUAAUGAAGCCGUUGUAAUUAAUAGAAUAGUAUUGAAUUAUGAGAAAUUAUCGUUACAAAGGAAAAGACAAAUCGAUAAGAGAUUGGAUGAUAAACCGAAAUUUUUCAAAUAUAGUGAUAUCUUAUUCUCACGUCCUAACUCUAAGAUAAAGAAGAAAUCGAAAAUAAGUGAAGAGGAAGCUUAUGUGCCCUUGACGAAGGAACAAAAAAGGAAAGAGAAAAUAUUGAAUGAACAAAUAGGAUACCCAACAAAUCCAAGAACAAUCAUUUGUCAUUUGAGUGGACGUCGUCAUACGUGGGUUUCCCUUGAUUGGACCAUAAAACAAUUCGCUCAAGACACUGAUAAUGUGGUCAUCGUAGCAAAUAUUCCCAAGAUGAGAUCGGUACUUUCUUCGAGUACGAAUGCAAGGUCAAGAUCAAUGUCAAGAUCAAGAUCACGUUCCAGAAUGAGACAACAACAACAACAGAGGUCACCUUCGAUGUCUCCAACCCGCUCUUCUUUCAGUAACGAUUAUGAAUGGACUUCUGGAUACAAUAAAACACUAAUUGAACAAAAAUUAAGGGACAUUUUCGAAUAUAUAUCUUUACUCCUUUCAAAAUCCCCCAAAUCAAUUAAAAUUUCAGUAGAAAUAAUAAUAGGCAAAACAAAGAAAAUGUUUACAGAUGUAAUAGAUAUAUAUACCCCAGAUUUUAUUGUUUCCAGUACGUUAAAAUGGGAAAGAACAGAUAAUUUAGUCCGUUGGAAAUCCAAAACCUUAACAGAUAAAUUAUGUACCUCAUUUCCUAUACCAGUGUUCGUCGUACCAGCAAUGAGAAUGUUCGAAUUUGAAAUACAAUUGGCGGAACAAUUCCCAUCAUCAUCAUCAUUAUCAUCAUUCUCAACUUUCCAAAAGGACUAUGAGAAAGGAAGAAGACCUGUACUUUUGCAUGCAAAUACUACACAAACUCCAGCAAUCUUUACAAAUGAUAUUGCAAAUGAUGGGACCGUUCCCUAUAGGGGACCUGAUUCGAAUAAUUAUUAUCACACGGACGCUUACUCUUCCGAUGAUCUAUAUUCAAAACAAUUUGAUAAUUUAUUGAUAUCACAAGAACAGAGACGUCGUGAUGCAAUGUAUGAUAGUACUGAUACUGAUGAAUACGAGACAAGUGAUGACGAUGAUGACAGUACCAAUGAGAAUGAGGACCAAAUAUCAAUCAAUUCUGAAAAUUCAACCGUAUCUUUAAAAACAAAAUUACAUAAAUCUGCAAGAAAACAUAGACGUGAAAUGAUCAACAAAAUGUCAAAUAUUUUAAAUGACCCAAAUUUGAAUAUCGAGCAAAAACAAUUAUCCAGAUUGGAUAUAAUUAUCGACUCAUCUUUGAAAUUCUCAUUAGAAAUGGAACUAUUGCCCAUCGAUUCACUCAGCAACAAUAAUAACAACAAGGGUGUCGGUUUUGAAAAAUUGAAAAAUGUGCUAACGAGACAAGAUAUGAUCACACCACCAUCUUCCAAGAAAUCAAUGUUAGAUGUAGCACCCCAAAAAACCAAAAAGAAAAAACAAACAGCAUUAUCAUCCCCCUCUGUACCAAAGUUAUCAAGAACGCGUGAGGAAGAAAAUGGAAUGGGUACAUAUCAUUUAACACCAGUUCGAUCUUAUGAUAUUGCAUCAACCGCAUUAUCACGGGCUACAAGAACAGGGAUUAGGGAUAAAUCACCAUUAGGGUUAAGUCCCGUACCUUCUGCUCCAAGCAAGCAACAACAAAAAUUGAAUUUGCCAAGAAUGAAAAGUUAUGAUGAUACAUUAAGGAAAGUCAGAUCGAAUGAAUUUGAAAAAAGAUCAUAUAAUAACAGUCCCGUUAGAAUCCAAAGUCCAAAAUCAAGUAACAAAGGAGGAGGAGGAGGAGGUGGUGGUGGAGGAUUAUUUUCGUUUUUCAGUAGGAAACCAUCAAGUCCAAGUGCCAGAUCUGAUAGCAGUGAUUACGAUAGUGACUAUAUCGGGUUUAAACCGCAACGGUCAUAUAAUAGUUUGAAACCUUCCAAAAAAACCCCUAAGAAGAAAACAGGAUUAUUUGGCUGGAGUAAAAAUAAAGCAUGA